GGCCGCCGCGCGUGCUGCUGGGCUUGAAGAAGCGCGGCUUCGGCGCCGGGCUCUGGAACGGCUUCGGCGGCAAAGUGCAGGCGGGCGAAAGCGUGGAGGCGGCGGCGCGGAGGGAGUUGCUGGAAGAGAGUGGGCUGACUGUGGACACCUUGCAGAAGAUGGGGCAGAUCACCUUCGAGUUUGUAGGCAACUCUGAGCUCAUGGAAGUCCACAUCUUCCGAGCAGACAGCUUUCACGGCGAGCCAACAGAAAGCGAAGAAAUGCGUCCUCAAUGGUUUCAGCUUGAUCAGAUGCCUGUCAGCCACAUGUGGCCAGAUGAUGCCUACUGGUUUCCACUGGUGCUCCACAAGAAAUUGUUUCUUGGCUAUUUUAAGUACCAGGACCAUGACACCAUCCUGGAAUAUACGCUGAAAGAGGUAGACAAGGUACAAGAAGAAAACAAACAAACAUUCCACACUUCCCACAUGGGCAACAUCAUUCCCCAAAUUGGACAAGCGAUAGAGUAAUGAAUUUGGACAUCCCCGGUUUGCGCCGCCUUCUUGCAGUGGUGUCACCAGCUGCCCAGCAACGGAGCCGUUUCUUCCAGAGAGUUCAAGAAACACAAGAGGAAGUGAAGUGGCUUUCUUCAAAGGGAGAACAAAAUACAGUCGUUUUUGUACUUUUACAUUCCCUAGUUGUAGUUCAUUAUAUUGUUGUUUGAUGACUCCACUAGGUAGUUUUUUCCUUCACAGUUUACUUGUUAGUUUUUUU